UUGACGAAUAAAAUAUGGUUACUUCGUGAUUAGUUUAAAUUUUCAUGUAAAACGUGUGUUGUUGCAUGAUUUUGUGCUUGUCAUUUCUCUUGUUUCACGUAAAAUUAACACACAAUUGUUGUUAUGUAUCAUUCAUUAGUACAUUAAUGAGCUAAAUACUUUGUUUAAUGAGUUAAAAGUUCACUGUUCUCUUUGGGUUUAUCGGGUAAACGAUUGUCGUUUGUCUUUAACGCGAGGACAUUUAUAUUACAAUUACAAGUCUUCAUCUGGCAUGCUGGAGUUUAAGGAAGACCUGGGGAUGGCGUCGCGAUGGUGACAGUGUCAGUAAUUAAUCAAAGUCGGGUUUCUUCACCUCAACCCGAAGCACCUUAGCAUGAGGAUGACUCUUCAGUGGGAUAAAUUAUCACCUGCGGAAUUUCAACAGCUUCAAGAUUUAGCAGCUUAUUCAUCAAGAAAACUCGAAGAUGUUCUUGGUGAAUUUUGCAGUGCGACGACGUUUGGUGGCGUUCCCAAGUAUAAUCCAGAUGGAGAAAUUGACUAUGAAGGAUUUCGAAAAUUCUUGGACACAUAUCUGGAAGUUACAACACCUGACGAUCUUUCACGACAUCUGUUUCUUUCCUUUCUCAAGAAAAGUCCCAGGAAUGUUGACGGAAAAGCUUUCAAG